UGCCGCUUGACACCCCUAGGAAUGGCAGCCCCAUCUAUGAAGGAAAGGCAGGUUUGCUGGGAAGCCCGGAAUGAGUACUGGAAGUGUUUAGAUGAGAACACAGAGGAUGCUUAUCAAUGUAAGAAGUUAAGAAGAUCAUUUGAAUCCAGCUGUCCCCAACAGUGGAUAAAAUAUUUUGAUAAAAGAAGAGACUACUUAAAAUUCAAAGAAGAAUUUGAAGCAGGAAAAUUCCAGCCUUCAAAAACAACUGCAAAAUCCUAGGCUGUUCCUGAACUUUUCAAAAUGGCUGAAACUACUUUCUGGACAUUGAAAAGGCUGCACAGUCAGUAGAGCCAUGAAUCAUGGUAAACUUCAGUGCUUGUUUCCUGAAUACAACACUUAAUAAGAAAAAUGAUCAAGGAACAGAAGAUUCAUGAAGAAUUGAAAUAAAAUGGUA